UACAUUUCAAGCUGGAAUGCACUUCUCUUCUAUAAAUAAAAUACUUCACUAAAAUAAAAUAAUCAUCGAUCUGCAGUAUGGCGAACAAUAGUUGCAACAAAUCUUUCUGCCGCAACUAUAUGUUGCUAAAGCCAGAAGAAUGUAGUGUAUUAGAUUUGGCAAAAAUUUUGUUUUCCCAUAAAAGUUUGGGAGAAAAAGAAUUCGUGGACUGCCCUAAUGAAGAAAUGAUUAAGGAGCCUUUGUCACGUAGAUGGGUUAUAUUUUUAUCCAUUCUAGUCCAGAAGAUUUUACUCGCAAUUGCUAAACCUUUAGCAGGGUUCGGCAAUGGCAUUGAGUACUGGCUUAACCUUCAAAACGUUAAUGGCGGCUUCUUCCGUCUUCUUUUCAAAUCCUUAAUAUGUAAAGCUGUAUCACCGGAUAAGGAAUCAGCGGCGUACUUGUCAUUUAUUGGAAAUCUGGAUAAAAGAGUUGAGCUGGAUUUUAGUAAGAAUGUUGGAGGACGUAGAAGAUAUGAUGAGGCAAUCAGCAUGAUGGCUGCAAAAGCAGCUUACGAAAACAAAGCAUAUGUUGAAACUACUGUUACGGAUCACUGGAAGAUGGAUCUGGUGGGCUCUUUUGACUUCUGGAAUCAAUAUCAACAGAAAGCUACAACACAAGCAUUCGUGCUUCAGGAUAAAAACGUGGACCCUGAGCUGAUUGUUGUGGCAUUUAGAGGAACUGAAUUCUUCAAUUCUGAUGAUUGGAUCUCCGACUUUAAUCUCUCUUGGUAUGACAUUCCCGGCAUGGGCAAAGUCCAUGCCGGAUUCGUUCAAGCUCUCGGCUUGCAAAAGAGCCUCGGAUGGCCCAAAAAUAUUGUACAAACUGAUGAUAAUAUUAAUCACCCACCUCCAGCCUACUAUUUCCUAAGAAAAUUGCUCAAACAACUUCUCGAGAAAAAUGAGAAGGCAAGGUUUGUAGUUACUGGUCACAGUUUAGGUGGAGCACUUGCAAUUUUAUUUCCAGCAAUAUUAGCAUUCCAUGAGGAAUCUUGGCUGUUGAAAAGAUUAGGCGGCGUUUAUACAUUUGGUCAACCAAGAGUUGGAGAUGAAAAUUUUAUUGAGUAUAUGAAGGAACAAUUAACAAAACAUGAGGUUCCAUACUAUAGAGUUGUCUACAGCAAUGAUAUGGUACCAAGAAUGCCAUAUGACAAUUCUACUUUCAUGUUCAAGCACUUUGGAACUUGCAUCUAUUACAAUAGCCUCUACAGAGAAAAAAUUUUAGUUGAAGAACCAGACAAGAAUGACUCGUUUCUGUUACUGUUUAUACCAAAGAUGUUAAAUGCAGCUUGGGAGCUGAUCAGAAGCUGUAUUCUACCAUGUGUACACGGACGAAAGUAUCAGGAAGGCGGGCUUCUUCUAUUCAUGAGGGUGGUAGGCUUGCUACUCCCAGGCAUGCCUGCUCAUUGUCCUCAGGAUUAUGUUAACUCUACCAGGCUCGGAUCAUCUGAUCAUUCCACUGAAGACGUUGCAAAGUAUCAAAAGAUUGGCAUAGUACCAGCAUAAUUAUGAAUUAAUUAGCUAGCGAUCGAGUGUGUGCUUUUUAGAAUUUCUUAUCCUACGUAUUAGUUUUUCCCUGCACCAAUGUAGAUAUUUACUAUAAUUGAUUUGAAGUUUGAACCGAGUCCUGAAGAUUUCCCCAAUCCGAUAAGUCUUGAAGAUUCACUACAUACUUUUGAUCUGGAAAAGAUCGUCCAGGUAGUGUGUUCAUGUGGACUUCCACAAUAUCACUCUUAGAAUCCUUUACAUGUGCCUUCACAAGUUGGUAGCGUGGAAGACUUAAUAGAAUUUCCAAAAGACUGACAUUGAGUGGGAAUAAUAUAUU